UGUAAUUAUGUUUAUGUGUUGUUUAUUGAAUGUCGUAUUGCACUUUGUGUUUGUGUCCGUGUGGUGUAUAUCGUUACAAAUGUAUUUGGUGGAAAUAUCAAUUGUGUAAUUAGCUUGCUAACUGACGUUUGGCGGGAUCACGUGACUCCCUCCAAACAGAAAUCGAGGUUGUGUUUGGGUCGACCUGCGUGGUGUAGAAAAUCAAGCUCGUGGCUCUUGGGUGCCAAUAGACCAAAUGCGAUAAACAGUAGACAGAAGUUAAAGUAGUUCGUUUAAUGGCAAUCGAUAUUCACGAAGGGAACAUGAAAUCAAAUUCGGUUGUUCCUGAAGCCUGACAUCAAGAAAAUAGGAAGAUAUCGUACCUGGUAUAAUAGGGGUCACCGAAAGCACAAAAUAGGCUGUGCAUUCCAAUAUGGCUGGCUUAUUUUCUAACGCGUCAGUUUUUUUUCACAUAAAUCUUUAUUUUAUGAUAUGUUGUACAUCAUUGUGUGCUUCAUUGUGUAUAUAUUUAUGCCAGCGAUUUUGAUUUGACGUGUGCCAUAUUGAACUUACUAUUUCAUAUAUGUGUGCGCACUGUGACGUCUUGCAGCAGAAAAGCAUCCAUGGCAAAGUGUUGAGUUUUCAAAGUGCAAGAUGCAUCGGCCUCGAAGACUCAAGAUCACAGACCUGAAUCCACAUCUGAUUUGUGUCUUAUGUGGUGGAUAUUAUAUUGAUGCUACAACCAUCAUUGAAUGCUUACAUUCAUUUUGUAAAGCAUGUAUCGUGCGUUACCUUGAGACAAACAAGUACUGUCCCAUCUGUGAUGUGCAGGUCCAUAAAACAAGACCACUUCAGAAUAUACGGGCUGACCAGACACUGCAGGACAUUGUCUACAAGCUGGUGCCUGGCUUAUUUCAAAAUGAGAUGCGUUGCCGGCGAGAAUUCUAUGCUAAACAUCCUGAAGCCCAGCCAACAAGCUGUGUAGAUCAGGGAGAAAUCAGUGACCAGUCGCACAUUUAUACACCUGAUGAGGCCAUCAGUUUGUCUCUUGAGUAUUUUAGACCAACUGUGCCAGAUAAGGAGGAAUUCCAUACAAAGCGAUAUCUUCGGUGUCCUGCAGCUGUGACAAUAGCACAUCUGCAGAAACUGAUACGAGCCAAGUAUGGGCUUUCGCCAGAACAUCGUGUGGACAUUAUGCACAUGGAUGAUACACUCAGUGAAGAAUUUACACUUAUGGAUGUGGCUUAUAUCUACAGGUGGAGAAGGAAAGGCCCACUUCGCUUGAGUUACCGAAUUUUUGAGUAUUGUGAAUUGAGCAGCAAGAGAAUGAAACUGGAUUGCAGCACUUCUGCAAGUGCAGUGACAGCGACAUCUGCCAAAGAAGAGGAUGAAGUGACUGUAAAGAUGGAACCAAUGGAUGUUGAUAUUAUGAAGACAUUGGGUGAAUCAAAGCAUGAGAUGUUGCAGAAUACAAAAGAGGUGAAGAACAGUGUUUCAAAGGAAGAGAAUAAUAAUAAUGGCACUGGAUCAUGGAAAGAAGUUCAAAUUCAAAUCAGUGAGAAUGGUGUUAUGAGUGUGACAGACAUUACAGUGCCACCUGUGAUUGAGAAUAACAAUAACACGAUGACAAACUGUAUUCCAAUGUCAGAUGAAGGCUCCAAAAUCUCCUUAAUUCUGUGUGGUAAUGAAACAAAAAUAGACGUCCCUGAAGGAGUUCAAAAGCAAUCCAAACACGCUAUGUCUAAAGAAUUUGAACAUUGUAAGUCUAAUGUUACUGAAGAAAUAUCAAGAAUACCAGUAACAGUUUCAUCAGCAGUUACAACUUUAUCAACCACAUCAAUUCAUAUCUCAUCAGCUGCAGCAGGUACAACAGUAACAGCACCAUCACUAUCGAAGACACUUGUUGAAUGUAAAAAGCAUGAAUCUGUGAAGACAUCAACUGAAAGUGUCGCCAGAUCAUCAGCAGUAGAAACUGCUAUAACAAAAAAUUCCACAGAUGCAGAUUAUCCUACAAAGCAAAGUGAUGUGCUGCUACCUAUCCCAAUAACCUCAGCUCCAUCAAGCUCACCUUUGGCAUCCCCCCCUGUGUCAUCGUCAGGUGUUAUUUCUGGUGUUGCCUCAUUGCAGCAAAGGAAUGAACUGACUGCAUUCAACAAGAAGCCAGCAAACAGUAGCAAUAAAAACAUUAAGCCUAAUUGUCCUUUACCUGAAACCCAAGUUUCUGGUGUACCAUCACAUCUUAAACAUCCACAAAUUACUCAGUCACAACCACUAGCAUUGAAAGUUGGGCAGAUAUCAUCUUCCUCAAGUGGUAAGGAAGUGAGUAAGGCAAAUGAUGAUGUUGCUAUUUUUACUAAGAGAGAUACACCGAAGAUGGCAGUUGUUGCUCCUACUCAGUCAAUGUCAACAAAUUCUGCAGGCAGCAGAAAACCUAUGAAUUCAAACAGUAGCUCAUCUUCUGUUGGCUACAAGACACUGAAAACACCACCCAAAAGUUGGAAUCAGAGUAUUACCAGGUUGAGCUUCUUAUCCUCUACCAAAAAUAAUACAUAUAUGACGAAUACAUCAGGUGUGUCAUGUGAUGGACGGAAGUCAGGUGAUUUGGCAGGUAAGGGUGUUGAUAGUUCUGGUGCAGUUAGUUCAGGCAGUAAAGCCGUGGGUUGUGGAAACAAUACUGUUCCAGCAAAACCAAAUAGGUUUUUCAAAAUGCGCAAUAUACCUCGAUACCUUGGUAACCCUUCCUCUGGAGUUAAACCAAUGUAUCAGGUUGCCUCAUUAAACAAACAGGAAUUGGUAACACAGACUUCUCUUCAAACUUCAGCUGCAAAGCCAAUGUAUCAUGUCGCUUCUUCUACAAAUCAGCAUAGCACUCUUCCUCCACAUAGCUCAGCUGGAAACCUCAAGACAUUGUAUCAUAUAUCUGGUUCAGUUGGGAGUAAUAAACUUGAUUCUGCAUCUCCCACACAUACAUGUUCAAAGCCAGUCACAACUGGAUGUCAUGUUGGGAAUCAACAAGGUAAUAAGGUGGAUUCUAAUGUCCCUCUCCCAGUUGUUUCACUGUCAUCAGGAGUUAAACAGGUGUCACAACCAGGUACAAAUCCACAACAGAUUAAUAAACUAGACUGCAGUAUUUGUACGCAGUCUGUUACUCAGACAACUACUGAUACAAAGCCAGUUUCUUCUAGUAUUUCGGGUUCGGAGCAGCAGCAUUGCAAUAAAAUUGAAGAUUCUGGAACCUCAGUGCACAUAACACUUGCAUCUUCCUCAGUGAAGUCCAUGCCUUCCAUGUGUUCUGCCCAUUCAGGUGGUCCAUAUGUUUCCAGUGCAUCUUCCAGUGGAAAAUCCAGAGGGGGCAACAAUAAUAAACAAGAAUCUGGGGCAUCACUCAUCUCGGGAAUAAAAUCCACUCAUCAGAUAGGAUCACUCAUGCCAAAUAAACAAGAUUCUGUAACUCCUCCAGUAUCAAAACAUGGUGGUGUUACCCUGAUGAAAAUUGACCCCAAAACACUGAGUCCAAUUGUUGGAGCAACCUCUUCUCCUGGCACACCGCCUCUUCCUCUUUCUCCAUCUCCUCAGUCUUCUAAUCCUCCUCCAUCUUCCAUGACACCACAGAACCUCAAAACACACACUCCACAGUUCCCUCUACCAGCACAUUCUAAUUCAAACAGAAGUAUUGCAUCACCAAAUAAUCCACUAGGUUCCCCCUUCCUUCCCAGUCUUCUUUAUUCAAGUUUUCCUUUCCCUAAUAUGGGUGUUGGGGUUGGUGGCAACCGUAUGGGAACAGGUCCACCCCCAUUAGUUCGUGCUGGAAGUGGAAUAGGUCUUGGAGCAUACCAUCCCCUUCCUCCUUCCAUCAACAUGCUGUUCAAUCCUCAUCAUCGUUCUCAUACACACAAUUCCACAACACCAGGCUCCCAGUCUGGUGUACCACUUCCUGCUGUGCAGAGAGUACCAGCUUCAAACCCCCAGCAUAAAAGCAAUUCCAGUACUAACAACUCUUUCAGCUCUAAUUGUAGCAUUAGUACUCCAGGAUCAAGCAAACCGCCCACUAAUAAUGCAGCAGGGCAGGUUUCCUCUCAAAAUGCUACUCAUCAGAGAACGCCGCCUCCUACGUCCCACUCUCCUUCAGCAAGUCAGCAGUUGAAGUUAUUCACAUCUCAGUCAUUGUCAAGCCAGAACUCCACGACGACCCAGGUACAAUCAUUACAGGCAGUGACAGUGACUGGAACCAGCCGUGAGAAGGCAGCAGAGGGAAACCUCCAGCAGAAGACAGUUGCAGAUGGUAGUGCUGUUCCUGUUGCAAGAACAGUAAAUGGAGAACAAAGUUCUGGGGAAGUGCUGGGGAAGAAGUCUGAUAAUGGGACAGUUAAUGAAAGUAAUGCUGAGGGUGGAGAUAAGAACAACGGGGAACAGGGUAGCAGCAGUAGUAGUAAUAGUAGUAGUAAGGCCAGUAGUUGCAGUGGUGGUGGGAGUGUGGCAGAACAGGUUAAUAGUAGUAUAAGUAAUUCAUGCUCCAAAAGCAAAACCUUCACAGAAGGCAGUGAAAGUGAAAAAGGAUGUACAGGGAAAAGGGAUGUACCAGGUGUAACACAGAAUCAAACAAAACUGAAGCAGGAUACCAGAGAAACGGGUAGUGAUAAAGGAAAUGAUAUUGAAGAAGCUGUAGAAAUGAAAAAGCAGCUGGAAAAGACAUGAAAUAUUGCUGUUUUGCAACUAAUUAUUUUAUUGAUUCUAAUUAUUGUCAUGGUAUUUAAGCAAAGGUAUGUUUUUAACUCAAUAUUACAUAAAUAUAACACAGUUAUUAUAUAUGUUGCCUUCCAUAUAACUGGAUGGCCCGUUGCAUCAAGACCAGUUUUAAUUUAUUUGCUAAUACAAGAUAUUCUUGCUGCUUAUUAUUGACAGGUUUAACUAAUCAGGGAUAUUGAUGAUUACAUUGAUUGUUGUAUGCAUUGUUAAAGUGUCAGAAGGUGGUUUGGUGCAGCUGGCUAUGGUACACUGAAUCUACAAAUUGUUAAAGAGGAUAACCCUCCAUGGUAGUUGACAAUCAAGUGCAAUCCAAAUUGCUGUUGCUGUUUGGGGUGUAUGAUACAGAAAUAAUCACUAGUCUGUAUAUUAUUAAAAGUUGGGCAUUGACAUUUUAGGUACUGUAAAUUCAAUUUUAAUGCUCGUGUGAUUAAAAUAUAUUUUGGAACUGUUAAAUGUGAUAAUGUUUAUUACAGUUGAAGGGAUUUUCUGUUCAGUAUAUACUCAUAAUUCAUUAAGAAGGCGUUAAGAUUUAAGAACUCGUGUUAAACUAAUGUAUGAAAGUGAGGCACUGGUAAUUUGAAACCACAAGACGAUACUGCUAGAGUAAUGCUGAAUUGUUAAUGCAUGAGGAAAGUCCUGCAUUUACCAUCAGCUUGCAAGAAGGAAGAAUGUACUAUAGCUGAGAGGUAUUUAUGUUUCUAGAAAUGAUGGUUCAAGUGGUAACACUGUUAGUAAUCAUAAAUGUACAAAUAAGAUUGCCAGGUGCCUCUUUAUUUGGGAAAGUAUUAUAAUAUACUUGCAGCUGAAGGUGAAUUGAAAUAUUGAAGGAAAGAAGCAUUUUCUUAUAAAUAUUUCUCCAUCAUAUGCUAGGACAAGAUGAAUUAAAAUUCUAUUAAGUAAAUUAAGUAAUGCUUGAUCUUUGUAGUUCAUGUUUAAAUUUAGUAUACACUCUUUGUUUCUAUCUUGAAUGGGCGCGAAUGUGCCGUGAAAGUUUUUACAUUAGUCUAAUUUUACUGUCACUUUUUUCUGUAAGUAAAGUAACUUGGAGUAGUAGGCAGGAUUACUGGUAACAAAACUGGAAGUAAAAGUGAAACAUA